CCGCCGCCGAUGGUAGCCGCCACGCCCGCGCAAGGGAAGUUGCUUCCCAAAUCCGCGCACGGGUACAAGAUUUCCUCUGUCCAACCACUCGCAUGGCACAAGUGCUCAGAUUUGGAUCCUUCAGACAAGAUUUCCCAAAUCCCGCAGACAAGUUCAUCCGAGCGCAUCCCGCAGCCCCACGCGCGCAUCCCGCAGCCGCGCCGCAGCCGCUCCUUCCAUCCGCGAGGAUCCCCCAGCCGCUCUUUCCAUCCUCACGAGGAUCCCCCAGCCGUUCCUUCCAUCCUCGCGGAUCCGAGCGCGCUCGAUCGGAUACCCUUAAUCGCGGCUACCAUAAACGCGCUCCUACCCCACGAAAUCGAUGGCGCGCGUGUUGAGGGCGUGGGGAGGAGGUGCGCGGCCGCCAUCAACGAUGUCCUACCCAUCUGCUCCGCGAUUCUUGCCAUUCUUCCUGGUUACCAAUCAGUUUUUGGUUCCCCCGCUGAAGCUCAGAUCUAUCUGAAUGGCUUCCCUAUGAAGCAUCAUCUGGUUGCUCAUUGGCAUCACCUUUGUUCUGUUGAAACUGGUCAUCUUCUAUGUUGGUUGUUAACGUUAAGAACUGUUCUUGUUAGGAACUGUUAUCUUGUUGGUUGCUCUCCCAUGCAGUGGUGUUGUACGAAUUUUAUUCUUCUGCAGUAACAGGUACAGAACCAUUGUUGCUUUCAGAUUUGUCGAGUACCACAAGGCAUGAAAUCGUUGGAUUUUUCAGAUUUGUCUACCACGGUUUCAGAAGUUGCAUUUUCGGUGUUUGCUCCCACUACAAUGCUCUCAUCAUUGAGUUCCUUUAUAGUUGUCGUCUGAUCUGGGUUUGAAGCAAUUGCGUUCUCUUUCAUUUGGUUGAUAUGGCUCUCUUUCUCCACAAGAGCUGCUUCCAAUUCUUUCUGCGUGUUGGUAAGAUAUGUCGUGGUAGUUUCUGAAUCCAUGAGCUUGUUUUUCAAUUCUGCCCUCUCAAUACUUAGGACAAAUGUUUUUCAAUUCUGCCCUCUCAAUUCUGCUUCCAAUUAUAUUUGUUUGUUACAAAAUACUUUAAAUUGUCAUUUCAUUUAAACUGUUUAUUGUAAACUAGAAAGUAUACAUACAUAUACACAGAUUUGUACACGUAAUCAUGUACAAAAUUUGCCACACCUCAAAUUUUGUGCGUCCUCCGCCACUGCUCGCCCCCACACCUCGCCCUCCAUCCACCUCCCCAAAUGACGCGCCUUCCUGGAAUUAAAAAGGCCGAAGGGAGGCCACACACGAGACCACCAAUCGGACACACGCGAGUACAUCCGACGCCCACCAUCAGCCAGAUAGUGUACAGAGCCGUUGCGAUGCCCGUGCCUCUGCCCCCGCCUCCUCUACCCUCGCGACGCAACAUCACUGCGAACACUCUAGCAGUGCUAGAAGCCAUGGCUGCACACAAUGUGAGGACUCUCAUCUACUCCAGCACGUGUGCGACCUAUGGAGAGCCUGACAAGAUGCCCUCGCUGAAGGAACUCCCCAGCAUUAUAUUGGUGAUAUCUCAGAGUUGGAUGCAUUGGAAGGCUUUGCUAAAGGUUUUCCUGGUUUUUAUCAUAGAUCUGUGCAUAAGAUUUUCUUGAUUUUUUGUUUGUUUCAGAGAAAGCAGUAUUCUAACAUGGCAUGUUCCUACCUUGUUUUCUUAUUUGUCUGUGUUGUCUCCUGCAUGUUAUACACAAAAUCUUUGUACCCACAAUCUUUGUAUUCUAAGAUCGAUAAGUGCCCAAAAUCUUUGUAUGCUUCUAAACAGACCUUUGGUAUUGUUGUACACAUUGGAUUCAAUACCACUUCUGUUGUCUCGGUAAGUAAUUGUCCAUAUUUAUAUUAUUAAGGGUUUUCAAUUAUUUACAGUGUGUUCCCAUGCGUUUGGUGAACAUUAGCCAUGUUGUUUGGCAUAUACAUCUUUCAGCUGCACUUAUCAUGUCAUUUACAUUUCACCAUUUUGAUGUGGAUCUGAAAUCACAUUGUUAAUUUUUUUGUAUUGAUCUACUACUACCUUGUCAAUUGUUUUUAUUUUCUAAAUUUUUAGGGAGUUCCAAUGUUCUAUAUGGGUGAUGAAUAUGGUCACACAAAGGGAGGGAACAACAAUACAUACUUCCAUGACCAUUAUGUCAAUUAUUUCCGUUGGGAUAAGAAGGAAGAACAAUCCUCUGAGUUGUACAGAUUCUGCCGUCUCAUGACCAAAUUCCGCAACAUCUAUUUUCCUGACCUAUGAUGACGACUCAAGGAGGUUUGCAGCCGACAAGCAAUGAAGCUAAUAUGUGCACCAACGACAAUGGUAGCCAACUUGGUACACGGAUUGUGGACGAGAUUAUGGCCGGGAAGAACGUCUUCUUUGAUCUUCCUGACAAGUUGACUGGUGAGAUAUGGACCUUGAAAUUCCAUUGCAUUGGAGCACAACCUGGAAAAGAAAUUGUCACAGUAAAUAUUGAUAAAGCUUAUGUUGCCUUUUACAACGUGGUGUACAUAAAAUCGAAACUUGGAUAUUCUGGGAGGGACUUCUUGUUUUACAAGAAACGAUGUGGCAUUGAUCGAUCCAGGCUAUUGGCACUUGAUUACAUCCACCAAGAAGAGGCCAUGCUGUCUGAUAACAUGGAUGAGAGAAAAAUAAGUUUUGUGCUCACAAAAGAUCCACCCAGUGAUCUAGAGGUAAGCAUAACUCCCAUCAAGCGUCCAAGACAGCGAACAAAUGUUGAUGAAGAAACUAUAGAAGUGUCGAUUGAUGCAUAUAAGGAGUGGCUUGCAAUACUACAACAUGAUAAUCCAGAAACGGAUUUAAUGGAUGACUUCAGGGAGGAUACGAUCAAAACAUAUAAAGAAUGGUUAAGGCAUCAAGGCGAUCUUCCAGAUAUCUUAUUGUAUGAAAGGAUGAAAAACAAGCCUGAAGAUGUAGACAUCGUCGAGUGGCAUUACAUGGUGUUGUAUUUUGGAUCUGAGAAAUUCCAGAAAAUAAGCAGCCGGAACUCGGAAAACCGUCAGAAACAAAGAACGAAGCAUAUAAUGGGUUAUAGAACUUUUUCCCAAAUAAGCUUUCAACAGAGAGAUCCAGAAACUGGUAUAGAACCAACCGAUCUAUCCCUUUGGAUGAUUACUCAUUGUAAAAAUGAUGAAUGGUCGGAAGAGGCUUCACGUGGCAUUUAUGAGAACGCAGCUGAGAAAAUUGCUGAGAAAAUAUAUCAAACAGAAAAAUUUUAUCUAACAAGAGAAGAGGAAAAUGCUAUUUUCCAAACAACAUUCAAGGAAACAACAGGAUGUAAGGCAAACAGACUUCAUGGUCAUGGGUACCUAUCAAGAUAUCCAACAAGAAGUCAAGUGAUGGAAUCAAAGUUCCUCGAACAAGCUCGUGCCACGGUUGCAACCAACCAAAAAAACAUUGAACUCGAAAGUCAGGUCCAGUUGUUAAAUGAAAAACUUGCGUGUGAGGUUGCAGAACGAGAAAGAAUACUCCAGGAAAAAAUGCAAGCACUGCAAGAAGAAGAAGAAAAAAAAGACAAGUGCUUAGAGAAGAAAUGAGGCAAGAAAUGGUUGCUGCCCUUGCUGUUGUAGCACAACAGAGCAACCGUGAAAGCACCACUCCAAUCGAUCCUUCUUCCGUUGUCCCUACUAAACCUCCUGAAUUCAUCCCAGCUGAUUCUCCUGCACCUGCACCAAGUAGUGCAAACAACGUUCGUACACCAGACACAAACAAUAAGAAAGACAAUAUGCCAGCAAACUAUAUUAGCUCUUACACUCUAAGGAAUGCUGUGACAAGACGUGUGCAGGCAAGGGGCAACAAAAGAAGCGAAUGUGUACAAUCCGCAAGUGCAAGCGAGAAGCAAGGUAGAUCAACUUAAGAAGCUCUAUCAAAGUGUGUUUAAGGUUCCUUGUCGUCGUGAUAUCGUCGUCAGCCUAGCUAACCAUCGCUUGCAUCAAUGGAGGGGAUGGAGGGGUACACGAUGACAAAAAAAAAACUUCCAAUAAUUUGCUAGUCCUGAGUAGUUUAUUAUCUAUGUUAUCACAAUCCAAGAUAGUAUGAGGAUGUUGUGACUGUGAGCUAUGUUAUCAAAUUAAUUUGUAUUUGGCCACUAUUUAUUUGGUGCAACCUAUUUGUUACAACUUAUGGUAUGGAUGUAGUUAAUAUAUGAGAUAAGAGACAAAUAUUAUGGUUGUCAAUUUUGGUUCUUACGUUACUGAUGUAAAAUAUAAUUCUU